UGUACACACAGUCAAACGCUUCCACUAAAAAGACAACGCCAUGGCAUGUGGGACAUAUAAGUACGAGAAUUACACAUUAUGAAACCACCCUGCUGAAAAGCAAAACACUACUCACCCAUUCGAAUCUAUCGCUGAAGGUGGACCAUGGCGGCUGCCACGAGCAGCAAUGCAGCCACGCUACAGAUGAAGCAUUCCAGUCUCGAGCAUACACGGAAACGCAUAGAUCCUCGGCGGAGGCAAGCUGCACUCUCUUUCCUUAGCAACAUUUCUUUAGACGGGCGACCAGUACAGGAUGAUGGAGACUACAACAUCGAUGAGGACAAUUCUGCUGAGGCAAGGACUAGACAGAGCCUGGUUUCUGCAGACCGUGCUCUGUAUUCGGCUGGCGCUCCAGUUGCCCCCGCCACGGCGGCCCAAGCACUAGCUGCUGCAAACCAGGCUCAGAACAUGAACAACCGAGCUAGUUUUGGAAUGGGCUCUUUCGCAGCCUCCUGUGCGGAUGCGGAAGGCGAUGCGUUCUCAAGUGGGGCCCCGGUGGCACAGUCUGUGUUCAGCUCUCCCUUCUCCGCAGUGCCAGCCGCGACCCGAGGGAGACUUCAGACCUACACUCAGGGAAUUAUACCUGCCGCCUAUGCCAGACAAUCCUCGCAGAACUACAGUCUGGAAGGUGGUCAGAUAGGUAACUCUGCUCUGGAGCUUCAAAGGUCCAGGCGGAGACUCAUCUCCCAGCGCUCGUCGCUGGAAACGUUGGAGGACAUCGAGGAGAACGCUCCUCUCCGCAGGUGCCGAACCUUAUCGGGUUCCCCACGACCAAAGAGCUUUAAAAAGGUUCAUUUCAUCAAGAACAUGAGGCAGCAUGACAUGCGCAAUGGAAGGAUAGUCCUUAUCAGUGGCAGAAGAUCCUUCUAUAGUGUUUUUUCUGUCCUGCCCUAUCGAGAUUGUAGCCAAGCAGGGGAUGUGAAAAUGGAGAGUGGGCGUCAGCGGCACCCUUCGGGCGGCGUCAGUGCCAAGGAGAUGGUGAUCGGGCUGGAGGGCGUGGAGCUGGGCGCAGAUGGCAAGACGGUGUCCUACACCCAAUUCCUCUACCCCACCAACGUGCUCGGGCGGAGGAACACCAUCGACUCCACGUCGUCCUUCUCGCAGUCUCGCAACGCCAGCCACAGGAGCCUGAGCCUAGCACGUGCCAACAGCAACCAGAGCAGCCUUGACACAGGGAAUGACGUGGGAGACUUUAGGGAGUACGACCCUAACCUCCUGGACGACCCUCAGUGGCCAUGCGGGAAGCACAAGAGGGUGCUCAUAUUUCCCUCCUACAUGACCACAGUCAUCGAAUACGUCAAGCCCUCUGACCUCAAGAAGGACAUGAACGAGACGUUCAAGGAGAAGUUCCCGCACAUUCGCCUAACCUUGAGCAAAGUCCGAAGUCUAAAGAGGGAGAUCCGUAAGCUGGCUCAGGAGGAGUGUGGCUACGAGGAGCCCACGGUGGCCAUGGCCUUCGUCUACUUUGAGAAGCUGGUGCUGCAGGGCAAACUCAACAAGCAGAACCGCAAGCUCUGCGCCGGCGCCUGCGUGCUCCUGGCUGCCAAGAUCGGCGGCGACCUCAAGAAGCACGAGGUCAAGCAUCUCAUCGACAAACUGGAGGAGCGGUUUCGGGUGAACCGCCGCGAGCUGAUCGCCUUCGAGUUCCCCGUGCUGGUGGCGCUGGAGUUCAACCUGCACCUGCCCGAGCACGAGGUCAUGCCCCACUACAGACGCCUCCUGCAGGCCUCCUAGCGGCAGCUCCCCGUCGGGAGGUGCCCCGGCCCUGGCCCCGCCCCGGCUCUCCCGAUCCCUGGCAGCACCGCCUCCGCGUCCGUCCCACUGGACGUCCUGGACUCUGGUCCCCUGCCUGCUAUUCAGAUGGACUCGCCCGAUCCCCACCCUCUACCGCAGACCCCAGGUCAGCCUGAGGGACACGCGUCUACUACAGUUUCUGCAGACUUUUUGGGGAAGGAAGCAUUUGUUAAGGGAGCUCCCCCAACCGUCUCCAAAGACGUUACCUCCCCCCCCCCCCCCCCCCAACUCCUUCCCCUUUUUUUUGUCUGUACAGUAUCCUUUGUACACAUUUGACUUGAUUUUCUUAACAUUUUCAGUUUCUUCUGGCUCUCUUUGCUGAGGCCCCCCGUCCUUGCGUUUAAGGGGUCAGGGGGUCACGGCCGCUGCAGCUGACUUGUGGUGUUGUGAAUGUCUCCCGCGGGAGAGCGAGACGGAGCCCGCUGGUGCUCUGCAUGAGCCGCAGCUUGGGGAUUGUGCAAGUGGUCGGCCCUUUUUUGUUUUUUUGUUUUGGUUCUUUUUUUUUGACAAGCGCUCAACUCAUUCACUGAUUCGAGUCCCACAAGUUGAACCACAAUCUGAUUAGCAAGUGAUUGUUCAUUUUUCUUCUUUUUCUUUUUUUUUCAUCCUAAUGGCAUGUUGCCUUACUUUCUUAAUCAAACGAAUCAGAGUCUUCGCUAGAGCUGAAAGUGACAUGACUGUUAUGUCUUAACAGUGACUUCACAAUAGUGAAAACAUCCAUCUCAUUCUGAUAUCACUAGAAGUGCACUUUUCUGUCUUGGUUUUGCUGGCCAGACCUGUGUGUCAAAUAUAACAUGUGUAUAUAUACAAAUAUAUAUAUAAAACAUGUACUAUAUCACGAAGACAUUCUACAGCUGUGAGGUUUAAAACCAUUCUGUGUCGAGAGACAAGGAGAUAAGAUUUGUCUUUUUUUCUGAAUACCGUAAUUUUUUUUUUCUUCCCCAUUUACUUUUGUAUUUCACCUAGGCUUGUUUCAAAUAUCCUUCAGAGGCUAACACCUGGGCCAAAUCACUUGAUUUCCUCAUCACCAACCAGCUGUUUCUGUUUCACUUAAAUGAGAGACUUUUUUUGUUUUCUCUCUGAGGGAGAAGGAGAAUAGCAGCCUCUGUGGAAUUUUAUACUCUUGUAAGCAGUACUUUGAUGUACGCGGAGUCCUGUUUUUUUCUACUAUUGUGUGCGGACUUUGAACAUUUGGUAACUAGGCCCACUGCCACAGUACUCCUGUCUCCUGUGCUCUAUGUUAGAGUGAAUUACCAGCACGGUUUACAGUGCUACAUGGGAGAUAGGCGGGAGGCACGGACAGAUUGCGUGUGGCAGACGAUGACGAUACCAGCGACGACCGCUGAAGAUGCAGCAGAUAUGGAAAGAGUGGAGGGAUGACGAAAGGUCCCCGGCUUGGGUCUUUAAUAAGCUACAGUCGCAAAAAUAUUUCUGGAAACAUCAUAGCAAUGUUGACUCGUUUUAGUCUUAAAUCCUGUUCUGAAAGGAAAGAUGUUCACUCUGUUCACUGAUUACAUUUUUCUUUUUUUUCCACAUCUCUAUUUUACUCAAGUUAGAGGUCUGUUGGUUUGUCUUGGCUCAAUGAUGCAAGUUAGUUUUUUGUUUUGUUUUUGUUUUGUAAUCAGUGUUUCCUGGCCAUUUCUCUUCACUGACAGUGGUAUGAGUCACUGUUGAGUGGUUAAUUUGAAUGGGAAGUGUUUCUUUCACAAACAGUUGUGGUAAAAUAAGAUAGCCAGCCUUAGAUAAUAUCUUUCAAGGUUGUCCCUGUGGCCACUUCACUUCAAUAAAGUUAAUAAGUUCAAUAAAGUUAUGUAAAUCAGUAUGUUAAAUUGCAGUAUGAUUUGCCAAUCAACAUUUUGUUAGUGUGCAUAAUCUACUUUAUGCAGAUCACAUUCAGAUUUCACCUUUGUUUUAGAUGGGAGAAACCAAAAGUAAGAUGUCCAUUUUUAGAACACAAUUUGGCCUCAGGACAUGCACUUUAGAUCUUUGUGAUAAACAAUACUUAUAUCCACCAAAUUUAAGAAGUAAAUACAUGCAUAUUCCUAACAAUGUGUAUGUUUUUGCUAUUGUGUAAAUAUAUAUGCCCAAGAGUAUGUGUGUGUGUGUGUGUGUGUGUGUGUGUGAGUGAGUGAAUGUGUGUGUGUGUGUGUUUGUGUGUGUGUGUGUGUGUGUGUGUACAUAUGCUGCUUUGCUUGUUCAAUAAAAAAAGUUAAUGCA